AUGCCCUCGAUUGCCAGGUUAAAUCAGCACGUUGCCGCCUUGCUCGCUUCCACGGCAGGCUUUGCCGCAGGAGUGACGCUCGGCUGGAACUCGCUGGCCGGUCUUGCGCUUCGCACGGCUCUUGGGUGGGAUCAGGAGGACGCGGACCUCGUGGUCAGCGUGGUAGCCGUGGGAGCCACCCUCGGAGCUCUAUUUCUCGUUCUACUGCCCCAGAAGUGCCGAGCCGGCUCGAGCGGAGCUUUUGUCUGCGCCGCCGUACCACCUCUUGUUCUGGGAUGGACGGUCAUCUGCUACGGAGACUAUUCGUACUGGUACCUGCUCUGGGGCCGAAUUUUCUGCGGCUUGGGUCUGGGCUCUCUGUGUACUCUCGUGCCCCUGUACAUCGGGGAAAUCGCGGCUGACGGCAAGCAAAGGGACGCCCUACUCUUCUACUUCCACAUGAUGGUCAGCGGCGGGUUGGCGUGCUCCUUUGCCCUGGCCUCGGCCAUCUUGCUCGAGGACGAGGACGAGCUCCCUCUCAAAAGGUACAGUAUGGGCUGUGCAGCUGCUUGCGUUCCUGCGUUGUUGUGCUGUGCUGUACCGGAAAGUCCCCUGCAACGAGUUCACCAUCAGGAGAGUCAAGACACCAUCAAUACAUUGCAAAGUAUUGAUAGUUCAAGCACCGAAGAUGAGCUGAUGUACUCACUCGCGCGAGCCUUCGAUGAGAAAAAAGUGAGCGCGCUGAGGAGUUGGAAGUUCUGGCAUCGGUUCGGCGCCACCAUGAUAGUAACGGCUCUGCAGCAGCUAAGCGGCGCCAGCCCUAUAAUAUUCAACGCCCUCGCCCUGUUCGACCACGCGGGCUCCGGUAAACUAACUUCCGGCCAACUGAACCUGGUCUGCGGUGCACUCCAGAUCACAGCCUCGAUGCUGGCCGUCGUUCUCGUUACCUACCUCGGACGCCGGAGACUACUGAUCGGCUCCUCCUUUCUCAUGGGCUUGUCGCUCAUUCUUUUGGGCUCGUACAUCAGAUCGAGAGAUUCCAACACCCAGCCAAGCAGUACGUACAACUGGAUGCCACCCACGUGGAUCGCCCUGUACUUUGGAGCCUACAGUCUCGGAGUCGGUCCCGUAUCCUGGGCUUUACUUGCAGAUUCCUUUCCUAUGCAAUUACGCGCAUAUUCGGCUUCCAUCGUAUCUGCUGUGAGUUGGCUGCUCUGCCUGACGCUGAACCAUCAGCUGAGGGCGCUGCUGAUGAAACUGGGCCUGGCCGAGACUCUGUGGCUGUUUGCCGGAUUCUGCUGGCUCGGCGCACUGCUGGGCCAUUUUCUCGUCCGAGAAACCAACGCCAAGACCCUGGCCGAAUUGCACGCAAACUUCCGCACCAGUUGAUACUCCACGAAAGACGAGGAGACCAGUGCAAUGGAUCAUCCCCAACUCCA